AUGAAUGCGUACUACUCUUCGAGACAGCGCUCCAAAUCACAAGUAGACUUGAAUCAUUUUUGGAAUCAUUCAGAUCCAAUAUCUUCAUCGAUGCUCGUUAAAUCGGCAUCGGCAAUCAUACAACCAUUUAUUUUUAAUCAACAACGAAAAAAAGACAGAUACGAAUUGUCGAAACUCAAUGAUGAAUUUGCUGACUACAUUGAAAAAGUCCGAUAUUUAGAAUCCUACAAUAAAAAAAUCGAAAUGGAUUUGAGUCUUCUUACUGAAAAACAAAUUCAAGGUUCCAAAACGUUUCAAGCAAUGUUUGAGAAAGAAAUUGCACAAUUAAAAGAAACGGCCGAAAAAUUAUUAAGAAACAAACCUACUUCAAUUACUAUUUCACAAAACGCACAGAAUUUAACUCUUCCAGUUAAAAGACAGCUCGUCGAAAGUUUAAAAGAUCGCGAUUCAUCGCAAUAUGACACGGAAAAAAUUGAAAGACAACUAUCGUCUGUUGAGGGCGAUAUUCACAUGUAUAAUCGUCGUCUCAUCCAUCAAGAUAAUGAACAUCAAAAAUGGAAACAAUUUAUUUCCCAUAUUCAACGUCUUACAUUACAAGCAAAAAACGAAAUUCAUAAUGAAAUCUUAGCACGUGCAUCUUGCGAAAAAACAGUAUCACAAUUACGUAUCGAGAUAAGUCAAUUGAAUGAACAACAACGAAAACGAGUGAACGAUAUUAAAAAAACAUCCUAUAUUUUAACUUCGAAUUCAACCAAUGAACGUGCACUUACGUUUAGAUCUGAAUUAUCUAAUGGCAUAAGAAGUAUUCGGCAAGAGUUCGAAAACCAACAUGAUUCAUUACGUAGUGAAUUAUAUGAAAAAUUCAAACAAACCUAUGAGAUUACAAUUCGGCAAAAUCCUGACUUUAACUCAUUACUUUUAAAUCAACUUGAACAGAAACGUAUAAAACAAGAAGACACAUACAUACGUACUGAACUUCAAGAUGUACGAAACAAUACGGAUUUAUUAAACCUGAAAAAUUCCGAUUUAAGAUUACGUAUACGUGAAUUACAAAUCAAACUCGAACAGAGCAAAGAAGAAAAUAAACGUAUUUUACAAGCACAAGAAGAUCUCAUGAAUAAAAUGAAAUUAAAACAUGAAAAUAUGACAAAAGAUUAUGAAAAUGUCCUAAGUAAACAAUUAUCAUUGGAAAAUGAAAUUGCAACAUACGGAAAUUUAUUAGAUGGUAUUAUGAAACCCGUUGUCGAUCAUAUUGUUGACGACUAUAAUCUAAAGGCUGCUAAUAGUGCAAAACAACAAUAUCGAAAUAGUUUAGUAACUCGAAGACCUGUUUCCAUGAGCACUGAUCUAUUAUCAGCAAUGCCUCGUCGUGCGGAUAGAAAUGAAACUGAUUCUUAUGUUUCUUUUAUGACGAUCAAUCUCAAUAACAAUCAUUCAAGAUCUCUGAGAGAUAUUUCAACAGCAACAACGAACAGAAAUUUUGGGGAUUUCUAUCUUAAACCGUCUGAUAUUAAUCACCAGAUUGUGGAACGACAAGCAUCGGUAAACUAUGGGUCUCCGACAAAUAAUCAACAUACAAUCAUUAUUCAAACACGAAGAAAAAACUGA